ACUUCUGACGCAAAUCCUACGCAAAGUUUUAUAAAUGAGGCCCCUGGUCUCAGCUCUGAAGAAAAACCCGUCCAACCUGACAGAAUUGGACCUGAGUUUCAACAACUUGCAGGAUUCAGGAGUUCUUCAUCUGUGUGGUUUUCUGGAGAGUCCAGACUGCAGACUGCAGACUCUGAGGCUGAAGAACUGCAGUUUGUUAGAAACCAGCUGUGUUGCUCUGGUCUCAGCUCUGAAGUCCAACCCGUCCCACCUGAAAGAACUAUACCUGAGAGACAACAACCUUCACUAUUCGGAAGUUCAGCAGCUCCAGGAUCUGGUGGAGAGUCCAAACUCCAAACUGCAGACUCUGAGGUGGUUCCUGUGUAAUUGAUGUUCCUCCUGGAGGAGCAGCAGCAGAGAUGUUGUGACUGGACGGUGUUCCUGGGAGGUGGAGAGCAGAGUGAUGGAGGAAUCAGAGGAAGUGGAGAUGAGUGUCAGAGCUGCAGCAUGAACUGAUCUGAGAUCAGCCCCGCUGUCUCUCUCAGCAUCAAGUGGACAGUUAUUGUGCUGCAGCUCCCCCGGUGGACUGAUGGAGAACUGCACUUCCUCUUCUCAUUCUAACUUGGAGUGUUGAUCUGAAACAUGGGUUGGAUUCAGAUAAAGCCUGUAUUCUCCAGAGGACAUGAAUGAACAGAGUGGAUGUGAGGAAUGACAGCCUCUGGAUGUAGAGAAUCACUUUGAUGCAGCUGCUGCAACAACACCAACUGCAUUGAAACAGGAGGGAGAAGGGAGACACCUGCUGGCUGUUUGCGGAACUUAGUGUCAAAAGGCUUCAAACUGAAAGCUGUCAGUAAAAUUCCUGCAGCCUGUUUGGAUUUAAUAAAUGCUCUUUUGAAUCAA